CAGAUUUCCAGACAUUUCAUGGCCCAGCUGGAAUGUACAUGGCAGCGUCUCGAGUUAACGAUUAACGCUAUCGGGGGUGUGAUAAGCACUUUAAAGGGCAUGCCCGUUUUAAAAAUGGCGGCUGCGCCCCACCCUCGUCACUAUGGGCAAUACACAGUUGAUCAGCAAUGAAGUUUCCAUCUACCCUUGUCACACUGUCCUUGUGACUGACAGAUCAGCCCGAUACUGACAGCUCCCAGCUCACACUGGGACUUUGAUCUGGGGAUCUAAGCAGAUCAGUCCUGCAGCAAUCAUGUUGGCUUUUAUAGCAAAAAGCAUGGCCAAGCCAGUCCGCUUAGUAAAGCCUGUGUCAUUGAUGAAACUGCCAGGCAGGUACCUGGCACAUCAGGAGGCAUUGCCACACCUGCCCGUCCCUGCACUUCAGCAGACGCUGGACAAAUAUCUAUUGGCUUUGAAACCUCUGAUAAGUCAGGAGGAAUGGAGCCAGACAAACCAAAUGGUGGAGGAAUUCCGGACUUCGGGAGUGGGUGAAAGGCUACAGAAGGGCCUAGAGAGGAGAGCAAAGAAGACAGAAAACUGGCUUUCAGACUGGUGGCUGCAGACAGCUUACCUAGAGUACCGUCUGCCGGUCGUGGUUCAUUCGAGCCCCGGUGUGGUGCUACCAAAACAAGACUUUGCGGACAGACAAGGGCAACUUAGAUUUGCUGCUAAGCUGAUUGAAGGCGUCCUUGACUUUAAAUCUAUGAUAGACAAUGAGACCCUGCCUGUAGAACAUCUUGGUGGUAAACCGCUCUGUAUGCAUCAGUACUACCAAUUAUUAUCUUCCUGUCGUAUUCCGGGCCAGAAGAGAGACUCUGUCGUCAACUGUAACCAAGCCAAGAAGGCCCCCACUCACAUUACAGUGGUCCAUAACUUUCAGUUCUUUGAAUUAGAUGUGUAUCACAGUGAUGGAACGCCCCUUACCACAGAUCAGAUUUUCAUACAACUGGAGAAGAUCUGGGGGACCUCACUUCAGUCUAAUAAGGAGCCCAUUGGCAUCCUAACCACAAAUCACCGGAACAGCUGGGCCAAAGCGUACAACAAUCUCAUUAAAGAUAAGAUCAACAAAGAGUCCGUGCGUACCAUCCAGAAGAGUAUCUUCACAGUGUGCCUGGAUGCCCCAAUGCCCAGAGUCUCUGAUGAUCUCUACAAGAGUCGGGUGGCAGCCCAAAUGUUACAUGGUGGAGGCAGCCACCUGAACAGUGGGAAUAGAUGGUUUGACAAAACCCUGCAGUUCAUAGUAGCAGAAGAUGGUUCGUGUGGGCUAGUGUAUGAACAUGCUCCUGCAGAAGGACCUCCUAUUGUAGCCUUGAUUGACCAUGUCGUUGAAUACACGAAGAAGCCAGAUUUUGUCAGGUCACCAAUGAUACCUUUACCGAUGCCCAAGAAACUGCGUUUUAACAUCACUCCAGAAAUUAAGAAUGACAUUGAGAAAGCCAAGCAGAACCUCAAUAUAAUGGUUCACGACCUGGAUGUUAAAGUCUUUGUUUUUAAUAAGUUCGGGAAAAAUGUCCCAAAGGCUGAGAAGCUGAGUCCGGACGCCUUCAUCCAAGUGGCUCUUCAGCUGGCUUAUUAUCGGAUGUACGGAAGGUCCUGUGCCACCUAUGAGAGUGCCUCACUUCGAAUGUUCCGCUUGGGGAGGACAGAUACCAUCCGGUCUGCUUCGGUUCAAUCUCUGGAGUUUGUCCAAAGCAUGGAUGAUGCUGGAAAACAGAACCAAGAAAAAGUGGAUCUACUGAGGAAAGCAGUGCAAGUGCAUCGUUCCUACACAGACACGGCCAUCAGUGGUAAGGCCAUAGACCGCCAUUUACUGGGACUGAAACUUCAAGCUAUCGAGGAUUUGGUUAGCAUUCCUGAAAUCUUCAUGGACACAUCGUACGCCAUUGCGAUGCAUUUUAAUCUCUCCACCAGCCAGGUGCCUGCUAAGACGGACUGCGUUAUGUGCUUCGGCCCCGUGGUCCCGGAUGGAUAUGGCGUUUGCUACAACCCCAUGGAAGAGCAUAUCAACUUUGCAGUGUCUGCGUUUAACAGCUGUGCAGAAACCAAUGCGGCCAGGUUGGCUCACUAUUUGGAAAAGGCUUUGUUGGAUAUACAGCAGCUGAUUCAGCAUACUCCAAAAUCCAAGCUGUAACCCACUAAGAUGGGCCUUACCUCCAGCAAGAGACUCUGAAUGGAUUUUAUGGUGCAUUGACCAUGUAUGUGCAAGCUUGGGCUCUCCUUACUGGCUUCUGAACCACCAAUAACUAUAUAGACUACAGCCAAAAAAACAAAAACAGUGCCGUGCCCUUCCUACUUUGGAUGGCCCAAAGCACCAUGGAAGCAUCAGAAAUUUCAAAUCAAGAUUCACUACUCGC